CUCGAGGCUGGGAAGUCGCUUAACCAACACGUCGUUGUCCAUCCAUUGUCACAGGUUUGCUUGCAUUUAUCUCCUGAACUUCUCUUCUGUCUUUUCUCUCUUGUUUGCAACUUGACAACAUGAACUGGACGGGUGGUCGCAAAGCCUCAGCAGCCGCGGGCUUCACCAGCAGGACCGGCAUUGAGCGGAGGAACCAGAAGGAUCACUUCGCAAGGUCAAGGCUGAAGAAGGUAUAUGCGGGCGCAUCUACAGCGAGGAGCACCUCAAGCUUCGGAGGUGGUGAGAGAAGUGCGAGGAGGAAUAUCACGUUUGACGUAGUGCAAGGGAAGCAGGAGACGGCAUCGGCGUCAGCAUAUACGGAGCCUCAAUCAACUACAGUUGCCGUGCAGAAGAAGAAAGGAUCUAACAAGACCCCUGGACAUAACAAACAGCAUACACUACCUGAAAACUCGCUGCGUACACCUCAAUCGCUUGAGCGACCCAAUGACCGUCCUGCGCUCUCCUCCACCAAACCCCCAGCUCCGGGCACGAACAUCGCGAGCAAACGCCUUGCGUUGUUGGGGAAAAGUGAUUGGCUGGGGUUAAAUGCGCAGUCAUUACUUGAGGCGACGCUCCUCAAGAAGCCCAAACCUCAGGAAGUGGAACAGGAUGUGCCUCGUCAUGAAAGUGCAUUCAAUCGUACCUCUACGAAAAGGACACGCCCGCCUUCACCUCCAGCAGACUCCUCGCUUGCAUCUUCAAUUCCUAACACUAGUGAUGUGCGUUCACACUCGGAAUAUGGGCCCAGUGUCUCUACCUCCUCUGACGUGCAUCCUCGCCGUCGCUCGAACCACGCACCCAGCGAACGGUCCUUCACAACCCGCGCAUCAGGCGCCGCUCGCACUGUUGUUGGCGAACACAGUCCUGGAAGCAAAGCAUGGGGUGAAUUCGUCGAUGGACAAAACAACUACGCCAUAAAGAAGCAGCAACAAGGUAUGGGGAGUAGUGAAGCGCCGAUGAUGAUUGAGGAUGAUGCAGAGGGUGGAUCUGACGAUGCAAAGUCGGAGAGGUUUGUCGAGGAUGCUGGGAAGAGCAAAUAUUUCCACGCGCAGGAGGAGUUGACGGAUGAGGUCGUGAGGAGUUCCGACACGGAGUAUGAGAGCGCGGUUGCUUCGCCGGACGAAAAGGCGAGCCAGAUGACGAGGCAACAAGACAGCGCUUGGAGGGGUUUUGUCGAGCAGCCAUAUGAGAACCAGGCUGGGUACGUGAGAAAGUCUGUUCAAUCGCAUGUUAGUGAAUCCACGAAGUCUUCUGGCGGCUCGGCCUGGGAUAGGUUCAUGAAUCAGAUUGAGUCUGCCUCGACAUCAACUUUUGGCGGAGGAUUUGGAUUAAGCAGCGCGGGUUCAGAUCAGAUUCAGGAGAAACACCUAGAUGUUGUGCAACAGGAUGCAGAUGUGAGAUUUUCUGGCACCGAGAGGCAAGAACUCCGAUGUCUGUCUCCUCAGAAUCAUCAUCAGAGCAUUGUCGAGGCGGCGUCUUCAUUUAUGGCACCUUCGCACAAUGUCCAUUCGGUUGACAACCCGUCGAGCUCAUCAACAAAUUCCACAAACACACGUCCAAGGCGGUGUACCAACCCCUUCGCAGCCUUAGCUGACUGCGAUAACCCAUCCUCGAACCCGGUACAGUCCGCACAUAGCGAUGGGGUUGGGCUAAGUGAGGACUCCCUGAUCUUUGUUGGUGUUGCGACGAGGGAGCCUGCAAAUACGCAGGUGAUGUUUAUGGGUACACAUAUGCGCAGACCUGCACCCGUGAAGGAGGAAUCGACUUCGUCUGAUACGGCUGAGCUGGUGGAUUUAAUGGGCAGGCGGGCGCCGCCUCAUACACCGUCAAGUUGUCCAUUCUUCCGAACCCUAAGAGAUGACGAGAGGUUUGCGUUCGAGAAUGAGUUGCACUAUGACCAUGCUGGGGUGGGAGGUGAUGUGCUCCCGCCUUCAUCCGAGAUGUUUGAGGUUUUGACUGAUGGAGGCUCGGAUGAGAGUGGUGUGUUUGCGCCUGGGCACGUCGAACCGCCUGUGGAACUGGAGUAUAUGUUCACGGAUCAAGCCAAGAAUAGGUCUCAGAGCGUCAUGGAGCAUGUCGGUGAAGAGGACGACCGUUUUGCCGAUGCUGAGGGUUACGAUGAGCCUCCUCAAGAACCGCAGACGCACAUAGACGAAUAUGACUCCUCGGGAAACUCAAACACGGCGUCCGUUCACCGUUCUUCUGACAGAAUUGUCGAAUUGCCCUCCACACCGUAUCAUCCACCUACGUCAGGUCGCGAUGUUCUGUAUUACUCGCCAUACUUCCCGCCGGCUCAGCUUCGUGAACCGUGGGCCGGUGCAACUCCAGGGACUCCCACGGAACCGAAACCUCCGAACAGAGAGACGAACGUAGUGCUUUCAGAGACUUUGACGCCUGUCUCCAGCCCAACCGGUCUCAUCAAGGGACUGUCAAGUGGGCGCGACGUUAGCGAGGAUGCCGUAACAGCAGAUGUUUCGAUGCGCCAUGAGAAAACUGGAAGGAGGAGGAAAAGCUUGUUUGAGAAGCAAGCUGAUGCUGACAAGGUUGUAUUUGAUUCUCAUGGGUCAGAGGAAGAUGUACAGUUGCAGCCCAGGAAGAGUCAGAGAAAGAGGAAAAGCACGAGUACUUAUCUCGUUGCCAAAGAGCACAUUGCAUCCAAGAAGGAAAGACGCGAAUCCCGCACGGUACCAUCUACCAGUCGCACAUCAAACGGAAUUGGGAGAAGCCCUCCCAGCAAUGGAUCUAAGACUUCCGCUUAUUCUGGAAAGCCUGUUGCACGUGUGAGAACGUUGUCGUCAACUAAAGUCGUUUAUUCCCGUCCUGAAAGGAGCGAGGUAACGAAGGAGAAUGUUGGAGAUGAGACGACACUAUCCAGUAUGUCUACCGACAAAGUUGAUGCUUUAUGUGAGGUUGAUGACAUCGAGGAUUGGUGAACGAUACGGACUGGACUGCCCAUGCCUGGAGAGUCAUAUUCUGGGGAAACAACGAAACAAAGCUGAUCAGUAUCUUCGACACGUAUAAGGGAGGCAACCUCAGUAUAAUCGGAGUAUAUGUUCAAUGAAUUGAUUGGUUUUUAUAUGCUUUACUCAUCAAUCCCAUCCUUUUGUGGAUAAUCAAGCUCGAACCUCCUUCUCCUCCACAACCGCCAGUAAUGGUAUAUGCGGCCUCAUGUCGUAUUCGUAAUUCAUUC